UCUCUCUUCGUCCUUAUUUUUUCCCCCUAAUUUCUCACUUUCCCCCUCACAAGUCGCAAGCUUUCGAAUUCGAGAAUCCCUAAUUUCCAAAAUCCCCUCGGAUCUAGAAGUGUGUGAUUAACACAACAAGAUGUCGUCUUCGCGGGAAGAGAAUGUGUACUUAGCCAAGUUAGCUGAGCAAGCUGAACGUUAUGAGGAAAUGGUUGAGUUCAUGGAGAAAGUUGCUAAGACUGUUGACACCGACGAGCUUACUGUGGAAGAGCGAAACCUCUUGUCCGUUGCUUACAAGAACGUGAUUGGUGCUAGGAGAGCUUCCUGGAGGAUCAUAUCUUCCAUUGAACAGAAGGAAGAAAGCAGAGGCAAAGGGGAUCACGUUUCGAUUAUCAAGGACUACAGAGGAAAGAUUGAAACCGAACUCAACAGAAUCUGUGAUGGGAUUUUGAAUCUUCUGGAUUCUCACCUUGUUCCAACUGCAUCUUUGGCUGAGUCCAAAGUCUUUUACCUCAAAAUGAAAGGAGAUUACCACAGGUACCUUGCUGAGUUUAAGACUGGAGCUGAGAGGAAGGAAGCUGCAGAGAGCACCUUGGUUGCUUACAAGUCGGCUCAGGAUAUUGCACUUGCUGAUUUAGCUCCUACUCAUCCGAUUAGAUUGGGACUUGCUCUCAACUUCUCUGUCUUCUACUACGAGAUUCUCAACUCACCUGAUCGUGCUUGCGGUCUCGCAAAACAGGCUUUCGAUGAGGCUAUUUCUGAGCUGGACACAUUAGGAGAAGAAUCAUACAAAGACAGUACACUGAUAAUGCAACUUCUCCGUGACAAUUUGACCCUUUGGACUUCUGACAUCAAUGAUGAGGCGGGAGGUGAUGAGAUCAAGGAGGCCUCAAAACAUGAGCCAGAAGAGGGGAAACCAGCAGAGACAGGGCAGUGACCAGAGAGAGAGAGAGAUAAACAUUUCUAAGUAUGUAUGGUACGGGUUGGUCUCUAGUUUCCAAAAACGUUUGAUAUGAUGAUGGGGUUUGUAGAAGCCAGAGAGAAAGAUCAUUAUUUGACAUUCUCCUAGAAAACUCAAAAACUCUCCUCUCUUUUCUUUUAGUUUGGUUUUUUUUCUUAAAGCUGUUGAUGAUCAUUGGUU